GGGAGUGAGCGAGGGGGCUGAGGUUGAAGGGAGAGGCUGGAGCUGCCGGUAGCCUUGGAACCGAGCGGGAGGGAGCGAUCAAUUGCGAGCGCUGAGGGACUAGGCGAGGGGGUGGGGCUCUGCUUCAUUUUUGAUGGGUGUUGCUCAGUUACCUCUAAAGUAAGGAAGGUUGCGGGACCGAGGCGAGAAAUAGAGGUGGCACAGAAAGCGGCAGUGCGAGGCUCUUGGGUGGGGUGAGCGCAGGAACCGGCGGGCGUCCUAUCUGCCUGGGCAGGGGGGGAACGUACGCGUGUGUGUGUUGGGGAUGGGUGGGAGAGAUCGGCUUGGGUAGGAAAAAGGGCGAUCUCUUCUCAGCGUGAAUCUAAGAGACUUCUCGAGUGGUUGGGAAGGAGAAUGCGAUUUCCUGUCUUUCCUGUCAUACAUACGGGUUGGGUUUUUUUUUUUGCUAGCUGGGGAUUAAAAUUAGCUGUCGGGGCGAGUUUCCUUGAAAUUUGCUCCCGUUCGCAUGCCUGCGGCUUGCCUGCUUGUGGUGGUGCAGCCUAGAGAGACAGGGGUGGUGGGGGGGGAGAGUUUGCGGCUGAUGUAGGAUCGUCGUCGGGUUUCUUCUUUCUCCUUCCCCCUUCAGCGCGGAAAGAGGAGGAAGAAAGAGUCAAUCGGAGCCGUAGGCGAAAAACCCCCAAGAACGUCCAUGGCCUCCCGAUCCCUCCGUUUUUGGACGAGGUGGAUAAUGAAAUCUUUGUUGCUACAGCUCUGACUACUUUUGAAUUUUAUUUGGGAACCAGCCAGGGUAUAUUCUUCCUGAAGACGUUGGGCAUUUCACGGAAUUACUGCAAAGAAGAGACUUUUCUCAUCUAACCUUUUAUAAUUCAGAUAUUUUGUUAAAACAUGGAAAAUGAGAUAUUCACACCUCUUUUGGAGGUCUUCAUAUCCAGCCCACUUGUUACCUGGGUUAAGACAUUUGGAUCCUUAGCUGGACAAAAUGCAACCAACCUGGAAGAAUAUGUUGCACUUCUAGAUGGAGUUUUCUUAAAUGAAGUUAUGCUGCAAAUAAAUCCUAAAGCAGCUAAUCAAAGAAUAAAUAAGAAGGUCAACAAUGAUGCAUCACUUCGAAUUCAAAAUUUGUCUAUUUUAAUAAGACAAAUUAAAUCAUAUUAUCAGGAGACAUUGCAGCAAUUGAUCAUGAUGCCUUUGCCAAAUGUUUUAAUAAUUGGAAAAAAUCCCUUUUCAGAACAAGGCACUGAAGAAGUAAAAAAACUCCUCCUACUUCUGCUUGGUUGUGCUGUUCAGUGCCAGAAGAAAGAAGAAUUCAUUGAAAGAAUACAGAGUUUAGAUUUUGAUGUAAGAGCAGCUGUUGCUGCCCAUAUACAAGAGGUAACCCAUAAUCAGGAAAAUGUGUUUGAUCUCCAGUGGAUGGAUGACAGUGCUCUGGCACAAGAUUAUAUUGAACCUCUCCUUAAAAACAUGGCAUUGCAUUUAAAACGACUUAUAGAUGAGCGAGAUGAGCAUUCUGAGACUAUCAUAGAGCUUUCCGAAGAACGAGACUCUCUUCAUUUUCUACCUCAUGCAUCAGCAGCACAAUCACCUUGUGGAUCUCCAGGAAUGAAAUGCACUGAAAGCAGACAACACUUAUCAGUGGAAUUAGCAGAUGCCAAAGCAAAGAUUAGAAGGCUUAGACAAGAGCUUGAGGAAAAGACUGAACAGUUGCUGGAUUGUAAGCAAGAAUUUGAACAGAAUGAAACUGAAUUAAAGCGACUUCAACAAGAGAAUAUGAGUUUACUUUCGGAUGCCCGAUCUGCCAGAGUGUAUCGGGAUGAACUUGAUGUUCUCAGAGAGAAGGCAAUCCGGGUUGACAAGCUUGAAAGUGAACUCAGCCGAUUUAAAGAAAGACUACAUGAUAUUGAAUUCUACAAGGCUAGAAUAGAGGAACUAAAAGAAGAUAAUCAAGUAUUAUUGGAAACAAAAACAAUGUUGGAAGAUCAAUUAGAGGGAACCCGAGCCCGUUCUGAUAAAUUGCAUGAAUUAGAAAAGGAGAAUCUGCAAUUAAAAGCUAAACUCCACGAUAUGGAGAUGGAACGUGAUAUGGAUCGGAAGAAAAUUGAGGAACUUAUGGAGGAAAAUAUGUCACUAGAAAUGGCUCAGAAGCAAAGUAUGGAUGAAUCACUACAUUUGGGCUGGGAACUUGAACAGAUAAACAGAUCAUCAGAAAUUUCCGAAGUGCCACAGAAAUCACUUGGUCAUGAAGUGAAUGAACUAACAUCGAGUAGAUUAUUAAAACUAGAAAUGGAAAAUCAAACUUUAUUAAAAACAGUAGAAGAAUUACAACAUGCAAUGGGUUCCGUAGAAGGCAAUAACUCGAAACUAAUGAAAAUGGAAAGAGAAAAUCAAAGGCUGAAUAAAAAGCUGGAAGGACUGAAGAAUGAAUUUACUGAAGAGAAACAGAGUCAUCAGAGUAGUCAGAAUCUUUGCAAAGAUCUCAUGAAAGAAAAAGCACAGCUUGAAAAAACAAUUGAAACUUUGAGAGAAAAUUCAGAGAGACAGAUUAAAAUCCUGGAACAGGAAAUUGAACACUUGAAUCAGACUGUAACUUCACUUCGACAGCGUUCACAAAUCAGUGCUGAAGCAAGAGUAAAAGAUAUUGAGAAGGAAAAUAAAAUUCUCCAUGAAUCUAUCAAGGAGACAAGCAGCAAACUGAGUAAAAUAGAAUUUGAAAAGAAGCAAAUGAAAAAAGAGUUAGAACAUUAUAAAGAAAGGGGAGAAAGAGUAGAUGAGCUGGAGAAAGAGGUUCAUCAUCUUGAAAAAGAAAAUGAACUAUUACAGAAAAGAAUUACUAAUUUAAAAAUUACAUGUGAAAAAAUUGAUUCUUUAGAACAAGAGAAUUCCAGUCUAGAUGUUGAAAACAGAAAGCUGAAAAAGACUUUAGAUAGUCUGAAAAAUCUCAGCUUUCAGUUAGAGUCCUUAGAGAAAGAGAAUGUGCAACUUGAUGAAGAAAACUUAGAACUCAGAAGAUCUGUUGAAUCUUUGAAGAGUACCAACAUCAAGAUGGCUCAGUUAGAACUAGAAAAUAAAGAACUGGAAAGUGAGAAAGGCCAGCUACAGAAGAGCCUGGAUCUUAUGAAAACAUCCUUUAAAAAGACAGAACGUUUAGAAGUGAGUUAUCAAGGCUUGGAUACAGAAAAUCAAAGGUUGCAGAAAACCCUAGAAAACAAUAACAAAAAGAUUCAACAUCUAGAAAGUGAAUUACAAGAACUGGAGUCAGAAAAUCAAACCCUGCAAAAAAAUCUUGAGGAACUCAAAAUCUCCAGUAAACGUUUAGAAAAAUUAGAAAAAGAGAAUAAACUUUUGGAGCAAGAGACAACCCAGCUAGAAAAAGAUAAGAAACAGCUAGAGAAAGAGAAUAAAAGACUCAGGCAACAAGCAGAUGUUAUGGAUAGCACACUAGAAGAAAAUAAUGUGAAAAUAGGUCACCUGGAAAAAGAGAACAAGUCACUCUUUAAAGAAAUUGGUUUAUGUAAAGAAGCAUCUAUUCGUCUAAAAGAAGUGGAAAAGGAAAAUAAAGAGCUUGUAAAAAGAGCUACCAUUGAUAAAAAAACACUUGUUACAUUACGUGAGGAUUUGGUGAAUGAAAAACUGAAGACACAGCAGAUGAAUAAUGACUUAGAAAAACUUACACAUGAACUUGAAAAGAUAGGUUUAAACAAGGAACGUCUCUUACAUGACGAGCAGAGUACUGAUGACAGUAAGUACAAACUUUUGGAGUCAAGGUUAGAGUCCACACUGAAGAAAUCACUUGAAAUAAAAGAAGAAAAAAUUGCUGCUUUGGAAGCUCGAUUAGAAGAAUCAACAAAUCUCAAUCGACAGCUGCGCCAAGAGCUUAAGAUAGUGAAAAAGAAUUAUGAAGCCCUCAAACAAAGACAAGAGGAGGAGAAAAUGGUACAGAGUUAUUCUUCAAAACUUGAUGAAGAAAGUCAGCCUGUCACUAAAUGGGAAAGAGAUAAUCAGGAAACUACUAGAGAACUUUUGAAGGUUAAAGAUAGAUUAAUUGAAGUUGAAAGAAAUGUGGAGAAUUCAGCAAUUAAUUCCCAAAGCACAUCACUUAUGAACCAGAAUGCACAGCUAUUGAUUCAACAAUCAACCUUAGAAAAUGAAAAUGAAUCCAUAAUAAAGGAACGGGAAGACUUGAGAUCAUUUUAUGAUUCUCUAAUCAAAGAUCAUGAAAAAUUGGAACAACUUCACGAGCGGCAAGCAGCUGAAUAUGAAUCUCUCAUUUCUAAACAUGGAAACCUUAAAUCUGUACAUAAGAAUCUUGAAGUAGAACAUAAGGAUUUAGAAGACAGAUACAGUCAGUUACUUCAGCAAAAAGUACAAUUAGAGGAAUUGGAAAAAGGCCUCAAAGUGGAGCAAGAAAAGAUGCUUCAGCAAAACAAGAAACAUGAAAUGGUAGCAGUGGAAUACAAAAAACUUUGUGAAGAAAAUGACAGAUUAAAUCAUACAUAUCUACAACUUUUGAAAGAAAAUGAAGUUCUUCAGGUUGAUCACAAGAAUUUAAAAACUUCACUAAACAGUUCUAAAUUAGAGCAAACACGACUGGAGGCUGAAUUUUCUAAACUUAAAGAACAAUAUCAACAACUGGAUAUUACUCACACAAAACUAAAUAAUCAGUGCGAGUUGCUUAGCCAACUAAAAGGGAACUUGGAAGAAGAAAACAGACAUCUACUGGACCAAAUACAGACUUUAAUGUUACAAAACAGAACACUUUUGGAACAGAAUAUGGAAAGCAAAGAUCUCUUCCACGUUGAACAAAGGCAGUAUAUUGACAAGUUGAAUGAAUUGAGAAGACAAAAAGAAAAAUUAGAAGAAAAGAUUAUGGAUCAGUAUAAAUUCUAUGAACCAUCUCCCCCUAGAAGGAGAGGCAAUUGGAUUACUCUGAAAAUGAGGAAAUUGAUAAAAUCAAAGAAAGAUGUCAACCGAGAACGCCUCAAAUCUCUGACUCUGACACCAACCCGCUCAGAAUCUAGUGAAGGAUUUCUUCAGCUGCCACAUCAAGAUAGUCAAGAUAGUUCCUCUGUGGGCUCAAAUUCACUUGAAGAUGGCCAAACAGUGGGGACUAAAAAAAGCAGCAUGGUUGCACUGAAAAGACUGCCCUUUUUGAGGAACAGACCGAAGGAAAAAGACAAAAUGAAGGCCUUCUACCGUCGCUCCAUGUCAAUGAAUGACCUGAUGCAGUCCAUGGUCUUAGCAGGAGGACAAUGGAUAGGUAGUUCUGAGCAUCUGGAAGGUCCUGAUGAUAUAUCCACGGGUAAAAGGAGAAAAGAAUUGGGAUCUAUGGCCUUCUCUACUACAUCCAUCAACUUUGCAACUGUCAACUCUGCUGCAGGCUUGAGAUCCAAGCAGUUGCUUAAUAAUAAAGAUACAACAUCUUUUGAAGAUGUAAGUCCACAAGGAAUUAGUGAUGAUUCUAGUACAGGUUCAAGAAUUCAAGCUUCCAGGCCAGCCAGCCUUGAUAGUGGCAGAACAUCAACUAGCAAUAGCAAUAAUAAUGCAUCACUCCAUGAUGUCAAAGCAGGUGCAAGUAACAACCAAAGCAGGCCUCAAAGCCACAGUAGUGGAGAAUUUAGCCUACUUCAUGAGCAUGAAGCAUGGUCCAGCAGUAGCAGCAGCCCCAUACAAUAUUUGAAAAGUCACACUAAAUCUAGUCUCCUGCUUCAUCAUACAAUGUCAGAAAAAAUAGAUAAACAAGGAAUACGGAGAAUUAAAACUGAAUCCCCUGGAAGUGAAAUGGUUACUCUGCAGCAAUUUCUGGAAGAAAGCAAUAAAGUUACUUCAGCUGAGCUAAAGUCUUCAAGCAAAGAUAAUCUUUUGGAUGAAGUAAUGAAAUUUUUUUCAGAAAACGCUGAAUUAACAGGAAGAGAAAAACUAAGCAAACAGACAUCAGGCAAUAGUGGUAUUGUCAGAUCACAGAGUGUAAGAAAUACAACAGAAUUAUCUGAUGGAAAGUUAGGUAAGCAAGAGCCUCUUACAAGGCUCAAUUUAAACAGAACAGAAGAUUCUAAAGAUUUGAACUUUUUAGAGACUUACGCUGCAGGCACUAAAGGAAAGGUUAGGUCUAUUAAAGAAAAUGUCCAGUCGCAGCGACAAUCAAAAGACUGCAAUCCCUAUGCUACUUUACCUCGUGCAAGCAGUGUGAUUUCAACAGCAGAAGGAACUACUCGGAGGACCAGUAUCCAUGAUUUUUUAUCUAAGGACACUAGGCAGCCAAUAUUUGUUGAUCCAACUCCAGCUACAGCUGAACAAAGUUUUAUAUCAUCUUCGAGUGAGUACAAUCCUCAACAACAAUCUUCUAUUUUUUAUUAUGCUCCUGAUUGUGCAGUUACUUUUUCCGAAACUGACUUAGCUAAUAUUACUAUACCCGAUCAUUUGAAUAUACCUGAAAGGAUUAGCCAUUCCAGAACAAAGACCAAAUUUAUUACUAAAACAUUUUCUCUCAGUAAUGUAAAUAAUGAUAAAGUAGGCAUAUCUUCUUCAGGCCAUUUUUCCAUGCCAUUUUUAACACUUAAUACUGAAUUAGUCUGUAAUGUUAGUGGAUUACCUCAAACAUCCAUAACCAGAACAGAGAAAUCACUUCAUUCAUUGGUGAAAUUGCCACAGCAGGAUCACAAACAACCUUAUGAAAAUCAGAAAUCUGAUAAUGAAAAGGUAGAUGUCACACAGAAUAGCAAUAAACUUGAAAGCCUUGUGCAUACAGAUUCUAAUGAUCGUGAAUCCCCUUUUUUAGCUGAUGAAGAUACCCAAACUAUUUGGUAUGAAUAUGGUUGUGUAUGAUAAGCUAUAUAGUUAAGUAACUUCUUCUGAUAAAAUAUGAAUGGACUUGAAACAUAGAGCCUGCCUUAUUAAUUAGAUAGAAAAGAAACUAAGAUUUUUGUUUCCUUGAGUAGGGGUGAACAACUCACCUUUUUUUUUCUUAGCAUGAGAAGGAAUGUAAAUUAAAACCAUGCUAAAGUUUGCAUGAAGUAUUAAUUGUAAUGUGUGAUUGCUGCAUGCCUCAUCAAAAAUCUUAAUGGAAGCUAUCUGAUUUUUUUCUUCUAUUUGUUUAAAAAUAUGUUAUGGACAUUACUGAAUGCAUGCUAGCCAGUUGCAUGGUGCCAUGCCAGAAACAACAUUUUUUUAAAAAAUUACAGUAUAGCAAUUAUAACAAUUUACAGCAAUUACUAAUUUUUGGACAGUUUCUCUUCUAUUCAGAUGCUGCAGUUUUAUGUGGAUUAGAUUUUAGGCCCAAUUCAGCUACGUUAAAUUUUGACUGGUUUAAAAUAAGUAGAAUUGUUUGGUGUGUGCUUCAUGUUGCAUUGUAUUCAUGUCACCUGACCUGAAUUGAACUCUUCCUGUUCUUUCCCACUCAGCUAGUAAAAAUGUGCAAGGAAGUUUGUACUGUAGCUUUUAAUUUUUAAUGUAUCGUAAAGAAAUGUCAGAGUCAAAAUAAUUCAGUGUAACUGCCAUUUUCAUACUCAGUAUAUAAUAUAUAUGGCAUAAAGCCUUGGUUUUGUUUAACAAUAUAUAACAGGCAAAGUUGCACCGAAAAGACAAACCUGCUUCAUUUCUUUGUUUUUUUCUGUUCUUUUCCAUUCCAUGCUUGAAGCACUUAUGUACUCCUGUGUUGUGUUGUCUGUAGGCCUACAUCAGAAUUUUUAUUAUAUAGCAUUAAUUUUGACAUUAUGUUAAAAUAAAAAAUAAAAUGGAACAGCACUAUCUUUUUUCUUCUUAUUGAAUAAAAUAGCUAAUUAGAAAGUGUUUUCAAAAUCUUUUAAAUUGGCCUCAGCAAAUUGUUUUAGUUGUGCUCAAAUUCUUAGUUCAUUUGUUUUUCAUUGUAUAAUCAAAUCAUAUAUUGUAUUUCAAGUUACAUCCAAUAAGCUAUACAUACAAAUUUUUGUGUAUGGCUACUAUUGUCUGUACAUCUGGAAAAAAUUCCUGUCUAAGAUACUGUAAAGUUUCUGCUUAGAACUAUGAUUUGACAUAUAUGAGGUGGAUAGCCUAAUGGCCUUCCUUAGUGUAAUGUAGCCUGUGUUAUGCUAUUUAAGAAUCGCAUCCUUUAAAAAGUCUUGCAGAAUUACUUGAAACCUAUAAGAUGAAAGAAUGUAAACAUUUCUGUACAACCUUAAUAAUUGCACAGCUUACCCAUUUUGCACAUGUCAUUAUAAUUGGCUCACAUUUCUUUUUUUCUUUUAGCCCCUUCAGGUUAGUAUUGAUUCUUGGUGACAGCCUGGACUAAUUCUUGCAGUUUUCUUGGCAAGGAUUUUGGAAGUGGUUUGCUAUUGCCUCUUUUCUAGGGCUAAGAAAGAUUGACUGUUCCAAAGUCAUCUUGGCUUUUUCUAAGGCAGAAUUCACAGUCUUUCAGCUUCUAGCCUGAUGCCUUAACUGCUACAACAAAUUAAAUCUCUGUUGCCUUAUUUUAGAAGGAUGUAAUUUUUUUGUGCAUCUUUAGAGAACCAAAGUUUCAGAUACAUUGUUCCAGGUUACAUGGGGUCUUAAACAGCUUGUAAUGCAGCUCCACAAGAUCAUAAACUUUUAACAUUAUUAACAAUUCCUCUUCUUGCAGUGCAGCCCAGGUAAGCCAAAAGGUUGGCCCACCAUAAUUAACAAGCUGACAUAGCCUCCAUAGGAUAACAAAGUUAAACACAACUUCUUUCUGAAAAUUGGAAUGCAUAGUUAACUAUUUAUGUAUAGUGAAUGGAUGCAGUUUAAGCAUCCUUCUAUUUAGUACUUUGUAAUAUCUUCUUUGGCACAAUUUAUAUCCCUGCUAAGAGUCUAACCCAAAUCCUAACCCUACUCUUCCUUGCAGAAAUCUUAUAGCCUAUAAGCAUUCUUCAGUAUCUUUAUAUGAUCUGUGCAUUUGAAAUUUCCCAACAGAUUUUCAAUAAUACACUGCAUAUAGAGAAUAAAUAUGCAUUGAAAUAGUAAAAUAUGCUUAUCUGUGUACAACGUAGAAAUUAUGUUGUCUUCUCUACACUUAGGGAUUUGGUGGAAUGUACAGUUUGACUGGGUGGAGGGGAUCCUUAUACUUUUGCAUACAACUGUAUCAGAAAAAUACUUGAGUGCUCUUCACUUGAUUAUAUGAUUUCAUAUAUUCGCUUCCAUGAUUCUCUUCCAUUUCAGCAAAAUUAAAAAUGAGAUUUUCAGUGUGAGAUGGCAUUACAUUUUCUAAAAGUGGACUCUAUAAUUGAAUGAAAAUUGCAACAACAUGUAUUGUUAACUGCUGUUUACAACAUAUCUAGAAACUCUUAUCUUGUCAAUGACAUUUUACAUUAUUUUCCUCCCCCUUUCAACAAAUAUCACCAGCCAGUGAAAACCAGCAAUUAGUCUCCUUAAUUUAGUUUGGAGAUGGCACUGUCAAAGUGUUCUGGUUUGUUAAUAGCUGAUAGGUUCCUUUUGACACAGGUUUAGUACUAUUCCUAAAGAACACUACCUCCAUGUUCAGAAAUACCCCCAAACAACAAUGGAGCAAAUAAAGCUGUGCUAUAAAACACAGGAAGGGAGACAGUUAUCUGUAUCCAGCUUCACUGUUCAAUCCCCCUCUCACCAUCAUGGGUCAAGCUUCGUUUCAGGCUGAUCCUCAUAUGGAAGCCCUUUACUUAGUAGGUAAAGGGGAAAAUUUGGCUUGAAAGAACAGGAUUUCUCUACUAUCCAAAGUAGAAUGGCACUUAGUGUUAUUACCUGCUUAAAAAGGCAGGCACUGUUCAGUACUGGAAUGGCUAAAAUGAGUUUAAGCUGCAACAGAUAUUGGGAAUGAGAUAAAAGCAACAUGAAGCCUCUGGAAAGAUAAAGAUGGGAUAUAUCAUCUCAGCAAUGACUUGUGGGUGGAGAUGGGGGCAGGGCACUCUUGGAGUUAUGGGUUGUGAUUGAGAGGGCCAACCUACCAUGUAUUACUGACACCUGGCUUGGGGGUGAGGUGUCCCCUUUUUGAGAUGUGCCCAGCUGGAUUUUGGAUGUGGAAGAAAGAUGAAACAGCUAAAAAGAUGGCUGACACACCACUGGAAGACAAGGAGCAAACCUCAUCAAACACAGGCCUACCUUGUGGCAAAAAGGGUAGCAAAAUAUAUUUCUCUGCCCUUAUUGCAUCUGUAGAGUUCUCUGGUGGCCCUAUUUGGGGUAAACCCAGACUCUCCUUGGAAGGAGUAAUUCUGUAUUUAAAAGGUUGCUGUGAAGAAUAUGCUAGGAAUCUGACAGAUAAAGUUGCUCAGAUUCUGUCUGUGGUGGACUCUGCCUUGAAGCAGAACCAGUGAUGGCUAUGGAGGCUAGGUCUUUUACAGUUAUCUGUUGAGCCUGAGGAAGUGGGUGGGGUUCUUGCCUGUAUUAGAUCCAUGCACUUUUGGCUGGUCAAGGCUGUCGAGGGGAUCUCUGAUUGGGUUUUGGUGGUAGUUAAUUAUGUCUUGAGAUAAAGGAGCUCCAUGAGCUCUUAAGGGUCCAUUGCUCUAUCCGGCCAGUCUGGAUACUUUUGUUGAGAAGAUGGUUGAAGUGCAGUUUCAAUGGUCUCUGGAUGAAACAGGUUAUCAAGACCUUGGCCUAGGCUCAAUUAGGAUUUAGUCUGGGGUAUGGGAUGGAAACAGUGGGAACGCCAUAGUGGCCUAGGAGUGAAGAUGCUUACCUCCUACUCAGAAGGUUGAGAGUUCAAUCCGAAGCAGGGGCAGAUGUUUCUUUAUUAGGAUGCAAAGACAAAAAACCUCCUGCGAACUCUGCAUUAGGUGUCAGGAAAGGCAUCUGGCCAGUAAAUGCUCAGGCCCAUUCAGUUUCCCCAACUUAAUCCCUGAAUAACAGGAUUAAAGGGUUGCAAAAAGAAAAAUUGUGAUGGAAACAGUCUUGGAUGAAAUCUGGCAAGAGUGGGAUGAGGAUAGUGCAUCUUUUGAUCAUGGUAUCCUUCUGAACCAGUUCUGAGAGUUGGAUGUGGGUGGCACAGUGUUGUGCUGGUUCUUCUUCCUCUGGGCUGAUUCCAGUUGCUGUCAAUGGGAGAGAGAUCCAGUAUAUAGCCCCUAUUUUGUGGAGUGCCUCACAGCCCAAUCCUUUCUCCUAUCUUAUUUAAAGUAUACAUGAGGCCCUUGGGUGAGUAGCCAUCUGACGGUUUGGGUGAGUGAUACCAUGGAUGCCCUUUCCCAAUAUCUGGAAACUCUGAGGACCUAGAUGAGGUACAGCAUGGUUCGACUCAAUCCAAAUAAGACUUGAGUGACGUUGGGUGUUUGGAUUUUCUGGUGCCAGGAGACUUCUAUCAUUGAUCUUGGAUGGGAUGGCACUGCCACAGAAACACCCAGUGUGUAAUCUGAGGAUUCUUCUGGACUCAUGGCUCCUGCUCAAAGAGUAGGCAACAACUGUAGCUAUGAAGACCUUUGCACAUGUUUAAGUUGUGUGCUAGCUGCAUCCAUUCCUGGACCAAAGGUGCUUACUUGUCAUUGUGCCCUCAUAAUCUCUUGUCUGGAAUACUAUAAUGCACUGAACAUAGGUUUGCCCUUGAGGAGCAUUCAAAAAACUUCAACUGGUGCAGAAUGAAGCAGUAUGAAUAGUAAAUGGUACCAGUUAAUUGGCUCUUGUAACACAACUACUCCAUGAGUUGCAUUGAUUGCCAGAGUGCUUCCAGAUACAAUUCUGGGUGCCGGUUGUCACCUUUAAAGGACAGGGUUACUUGAGGGACCAUCUCCCCGGCUGUUUUCACCUGACUGAUCAGGUCCUGUCAGCCAAAGAAUGCCAACUGAUAGGGCUUACUAGACAUUCCUUUUCUGUGGUAGUGCCCGGCUUAUAAAAUAUUCUUCCUCUGGAGAAUGGCCCCGCCUUUCAUAAGGUUCUGAAGCCCUGGUUCUAGGCCUGGAACUGGGACCCCAAAAGUGUGCAGGGAUCCAUUACUUGGUUAUGCUAGUGAUUGCUCAGCUGCUAUGUAUUUUAACUUUUGUCACAUUAAUAAUUGUUUGUAUUUUAUUUUAACUGUUGCCAUACAGUUAUUUGUUGAGAUGGGCAGCUAUAUAAAUUGGAUAAAUAACAACAAAUAAAAUAUCAUUUUAGGGUAUGGCAGAAAAAAAGAUUGCCAGGCAAGUUCAUCUUGUAAUUAGAUACAAAGUGAAAAAGUCCUUUUAUAAAGUUAGCUAAUUUGCAAGAGAAACUGUGGUACAAAAAGGAUUGUGCUGCAACAAUUCACACUUGAAACAAGAAUGUGUGAUUAGCUUUCAAUAGAUUUAUUUUUUUCAGCACUUACAUAUAAGUAUUCAUUUCAUGAUGUGGGGCAUCUUAGAAAAAUGUUAUUAAAAUAACAUUAAAAGAUACAAUGUAUAGAAACAUUAAAAUGUUUAAAAGCCCGAGUAAAUAAGUUUCAAUCUCCCUUCUAAAUUGUAAGAAGGUAGGAAUAUAUUUUUAACUCAGCUAGUGUUCACUGGGUGUUGGUGGGGCAGAGGACAGGGUGACGAUUGAUAUAUGGAACUGAUGAGACAGCAGGGAAAGAUAAAUAAUUUUGAAUGUGUCCCAGUCUUCCUUCAAGGUAGACUGUUUUGUAUGCUUCUGCAGGUUUCACAUUUUUUUUUUGAAGUAGCUUGCCACUACCUUUUCCUAGAGCUGGAAAAAUGUAACUGACCCAUAGUCACCCAGCUGGCUUUAUGCCUAAUGUUGGACUAGAGCUCUGAUUUACCGAUUUCUAAUCCAACAUCUUAAUUACACCCAACUGACAUUCUACAGGAUGUAUCACAGUUACUUACUUUCUAAUCCCUUUCUCUUCUCAGAGCAAAGAAGAAACAAUUAGACCUAUAAGUCAAGUAAAAACAAUCACAAUCUAAGAUCAAACACAUUAAAAAACCAGCAUGCAAUACAAUGUAAUAAUUAUAAAAAGAAAAUUGUAAGAACAUCUUAAAGCAAUUAGCAACUAACAAUUAAUAGCAUGAGGUAGGAACCAGCUACUUAGAGUCACAUAAAAGUGAGAUGGGUAGCAGAGGUGGUAUUCAGCCAGUUCAGACCAGUUCAGGCGAACCGGUAGCGGAAAAUUUAAGUGGUUCUGUGAACUGGCAAAUACCACCUCUGACUGGCUCUGCCCCUGCUCGCCUCACCCCAUCUGGACGCCACGCCACGCCACGCCACCCUAUAUAUGUUGCCUUCACCAUGCGGCCCAGCUAAUCGCCUCGUUUCUGCACCUCAACCGCUCUGCUUACCAAAAGUAAGCAUGCUGCCCGCUCGCCCUUCACCUCAGGUCGGACUCGGGGUCUAGGGACGUGCCAUUCCCCAAUGCCCUGGAGCCUCAGCCUGGAUCGGGGAACCCACCAUUCCCCAACACCAGCCUUGCCCCGGAAGCCCGUCCUGUUCGCCAUUUGUCUUGGCUGGGUCAGGUAAUGUGCCAUUCCCUGGCUUUGGCCUUGUCCCGGAGGCCCUACUUGCCAUUCACUUUGGUUGGGUCGGGGAAUGCGCCAUUCCCCAGCUCUUACCUUCCUCGGGGCCUCCACCUACAUGCCACCCCCCCUGCUCACCCUCUGCCUCUCUCACCUUCGUCCUGACCUUGGGACUGGCAAGCCGCCAGUAGUUUUCAGCUGCCUUCCAGGCAGUUCUGCUGUGUUGUCAUCCCUCCAGCGCAGCAGGUUGUUCUGGCUGGGUCUGCCCACAAGAGGCACCUGAAGACAAUGGGGUGUGCGUGCGCGGCCAGUGCGAAGUACAGGGUGGCGGUGAUGGGACUUCAGGCCUCUUUUUUGGCCUGUAGUUUUUGGCACAAGAAGCCUGCAGCUGCCCCCUCUUUUUCAGCACAAGAUGCCUCCAGCCACCAUUGCUUCUCAUGCCGAAAAAGAGGCCUGAAGUCCCAUCACUGCCACCCUGUUUUCUGCACCGGUCGCACACGCACACCCCAUUGCCUGCCAGUACUGCUCACGGCCAGCCAGGAGAAGAACCUGUUGCACGGGAGGGAUGGCAUCGCAGUGGAGCUGCUCGGAAGGCAGCCGGAUUGCGGUGUCCCUUUAAGGUACUUUGACGCGGGGGGAGGAAGGGACCAUAAAGGGACAGGCCACAGGAAGCUGCCUUUUCUGCCAUUUCUGUGGGCAUGGCUUGGUGGGGGUCAUGUGACUGAGAGGGCGUGGCCAACGAUCUCACAGCAAGGUGCCACCCCCACAUGACCCCCACCAAGCCAUGCCCACAGAACCGGUAGUAGAAAAAUUUGAAUCCCACCACUGAUGGGCAGCUAUAUAAAUUGAAUAAAUAAGUUGUAGCUGUUGAUAAACUUUGUACAACCUUCUUAGAGGUUUCUGAAAAACAAUAACAGCCUCCUGAUCAUAGUGGCAAUUACAGUUAUUGGAAGUACCAAUAAAAGAGAAUAUUUGCAGCUCAGGGUUGAAAUGAAAGGUCCUUGAUGCUUUCUGAGCUUGGUUGUUUUCUUGCAGCUUUUUCAUUUAUUACUGAUGAUGUUACUUAGUUUGGGUAAUGAAAUGGCUGCAAGAAAACAACCAAACUCAAAGUAUCAAGGACCCCUCAUAAUUGUAAGUAUUAAGCAUGAUCACCAUUGCCGUACAUUGAACAUUUUAAUAGCACAUAUGAAAUGAAUUCUAUCCCCUAGUCUGAACAAAAGCAACUUUGACUUGCAUAUGUUGAGGUUAUCAACCUAUCGUUGCCCUAAUUCAGGCCAAAGCAAAUAAACACUUAUGUGGAUAUAUAAGAUGUUAUAGGAACAUUUAGGAACAGACGAGGGAAGAGUGAUCAUGAUAUAAAAGAGACGGGAGACUUCGGCUCUGUCAUUGUGGAUAUCCCAGAUUAGUUCAACCAGGGCAGGGGUAAAGUGCUCCCGGUUCAGACCAGAUCGCCCAAGCCGGUAGCGAUGGUGGCGGGUGGUUUAGAGAACUGUUAGCAAAAAUCCCUGCCACCCCCCCAUGCCCAGCUGAGCCGCGCGAUCAUCAGAGGUUUUUUGUUUUUUUUUACUUUUCAAAGCAUUUUUUCUUUGGCCGAAAAAAUGCUUUUAAAAAUUAAAAAAAAGCCUCUGAUGAUCGCGUGGUUCAGCUGGGAUCUUCAGAGCCUUUUAAAAGCAUUUUUUCUACAACCUCUUGGGCCGAAGAGGUUGUAGAAAAAAUGCUUUUAAAAGGCUCUGGCGAUCCCAGCUGAGUUGCCUAAUCGUCAGAGGCUUUUUUUCUUUUAAAAGGAAAAAAAUGCUUUUAAAAGAAAAGAAAAGCCUCUGACCAACGGCAACUCAGCUGGGAUCGCUAGAGCCUUUUAAAAGCAUUUUAAAGUCCUUAUAAAUAGACAACUGAGUGCCAUAUAGCAUUAUACCCAGAACUUUGGCUUUAAAUACUUUAAUGGCUCCUGGGACAUAAUUGUCACAAAUUGACCUACAAAUUUAGUGGUUGCAAAGGAUGCUUUGGGGGCUUUUAUUUGGAGCUUUCUUGUUUGAGCGAACCAACAGAUAGAAGAAUACAAAUAAAGAUCUAGAUAUUGAAAGGAUUUUACCUGCUUGAUGAGUUUGCUAUUAAUUGUCCAUCUAAUUGGGCCUUAAAGCAUUACUUUUGUUCUAGAGUAAUUCAGCACAAUAGAGGUUCUCUAAAGCAGUAACGUGGCAGAGCUUUAAGGCAUUUUAAGGCCUACUUGGCUGCAUAAUCAGAUUAAAUAAACUAGAGAUGAAGCAGUAAGAGAGGGAGUCUUAUACAUCUCAACAAUAUUGUUAAUGUACAAGCUGAAUAACAGUGGGAUGAGAUUAUCAUCUUGUUCUAUACGUUUGCUAAUAGGUUUAAUUAAAUCACCAAGAAUAUUAUCCUUUGCUUGAGUAAAGAUUGUGCCUUGGUGUAUACCAUUAUUAAUCUAAGAAAACAACAAUUUAUCAUUGUAGUGGUAAUUUCCUCCAGAAUUGUUCUUGAAGAAUAGAUUCAGACUUAUUCCUCUUCUAUUAAUAAUGAAAAAAUUUCUAUGACCCUAGAGAUUGCAGCUGCUUCUCAUAUAUUUAUUUUAUUUAUAGACAUUAUCUCUCUAUUGCCCCAAGUCAUGUCAGCUAGUAUUUUACAUCUCCAACUUUUAACGCUUGCUGCUAUCUCCCAAACCUUUUCAUGGGCUUGCCUGUAAUUCCUUGAAUAAAUUCCUUCUACACUUUUUAUAUUUAAAUUAUUAUUGUUACAAAUAAUUCAAGAUGGCUAACAUAUCCAACACAUUUCCUCCUAUUUUCCCCACAACAAAAAUCCUGUGAGGUGGGUUGGGCUGAGAGAGAUUGAUUGGCCCAAAGUUACCCAGCUGAUUUUCAUGGCUAAGGCAGAAUUUGAACUCUGGGUCUCCUGCUUUUUAGCAUGUUGCCUUAACCACAAGUCCAAACUGGCUCUCUUACAUGUUGUAUUUUUAUUCAGAACUGGGGCUCAGAAUCAUUAAGAUCAUUCCUGCCUAUCAUCUGCCUCCAGACAUUGGGGGAGAGAAAAAAAAUAAGGGGGAAAUGAGGCACAUAUAACGAAGUAUUAAAUUAACCACACAUCUUUUUGAUUAUUCCUUUUCUCAUCAGUCACUAAAACAUAAAUUUCUUAUUGAAUAUAUAACAGAGUUGGAAGGGACCUUGCAGAUCUUGUAGUCCAAUGCCCUGCACAAGCAGGAAACCCUAUACCAUUUCAGAUAAAUGGUUGUCACAUCUCUUCUUAAAAACUUCCACUGUUGGAGCACCCACAAUUUCUGGACACAAGUCGUCCCACUGAUAAAUUGUUCUGAAAAUAUCAGAUCCUCUUUUACUUCAACAGCUAAAGGCAUUUUCUUUACUGAGAUUUGUAGCUUGAUUUUCUUCUAUUGUUAAACAAAGCAGAAAUGAAACUGAAUCUUUGUUCUUCAUCGCUUGUAACAAUUGUAAAGGUUUAGAAUGGUAGGACGAUCUAGGAUUCGGUGUAAGGAAGAUCCAGACAGAAAAAUAAUAGUUAGUAAAAAUAAAGUUCUUCAGAGAUGGUAAUAAGCAGCCUAGGACUAGUCUCAGUUUCAGUGGGGAAAAAAUCAAGUAACUUUAUCACCAUAGAUUUCAUUUGCCUUAAUACCAAUUGGAACUUAUA